AAACAAAAGAAGGAAUGUAACGCUAUUUCGGUGGAGCGUCGCGCGGUGCGCUUACUGAGCAGACGUUACACUCUGAUGGUCACGGGUUACAAAUUUCUGGAAAUUGGAAUCAACGUUGGUCCACCGAGUUACGUGGAGAUCGCUCUGGGAGAUCAUCGGGGACAGAAAUUGAUACUGUCUCUCGAAACGUGGAAGGGACUCUACGAGCAGCGAUGGAAUAUCUACAAAUUGCUGCGAAACGAUUACAAAGAUAAUUUUAUAAGCGUCGGACCGUUAAUCAUCAGAGUUUACCAGAUGAACGACGUUACACUCGUACGUCUUGAAUCUUUGAACGUACGCAUAACGAUGAUCAAAUCGACCCUGCGCCAUAUGUUUGAUCUGGACGAAUGUAUCGAUGUGACGUUCGAUCGACUCGUCGGAUUCGUCGAUACGAUCGAUACCAAGUAUAUGCGAUUCUCCAACAUCGCGUCUGUUGUAACAGAUCCCGAGAAAGUGCCGAACGCGAUACGAUUGCGAUACCUUCGAUAG